AUGUUGAAGAAUUGGAAGACCGAGCGUGAACGGUUCGGAGGCUGACGUGAGAGAGGUCUCUACAGCCACGCACUGCGAGCUUUCAAGAUGGCUGAUGCGUCGGGGACGUUCUCGUCGUUUUCCCCAUGGAUUCUGUGCUUUGCACUCAUAGCAAUGGCGGAGUCGGCUCUUUACCGGGUGUAUCCGGAAUCCGCUGCCGUGUUGGUUGGACACAACGUCACCAUGAACUGCGCAUUCAGCGGUCUCUCUGCAAGUGACGUCGUCAACUGGCACAAGUACAAUCCUUCCGAACCCGACGGCAAGCCGUUCCACGUGUCCUCGGGGAGCGUCGUGGAUCCCGAAUUCCCCCGAUUCUCCAUCGUCGGUAAUAACCGUAGCGAGGAGUUUAACCUGCGGGUGACGAACGCUCAGCCGGCCGAUGCCGGAAACUACCGGUGCGGGGUGUUCUCACUCACCGACACCAGGGAUGCAAAGUUGACUGUCAUCGUCCCCCCGCCCUCUCCGCCGGUCGUGCUCGGUGACCUGUCUCCUCGCGCAGCCGGCAAAAGCCUCAUUCUCUCCUGCCGCUCGGAAGGAGGCGACCCUCUGCCUGCCCUGGCCUGGUAUAACGGCACACAACUGUUAGACCUCCCACGUGAAGCCAUGAUAGAGGAGAAUGCCAGAAGGAUAUCCCUAGACCUGGUCAUCUCGUUCCUAACCAAAUGGGACAACCGAGCCAACUUCAGUUGUGAAUCUGACCAGGGAUUCCCUGGCAUUGCCGACCCUCAAGUCACGUCAGUGACAAUUCAAGUGAAGUACCCACCUCUCAUCAAAUCGAUAUUUGAUGAGGAGACAACGGUCAUGUAUGGACAGUCCGGGUUCUCACUGAAGUGCCAAGCAGAAGGGAACCCGAAACCCCGGGUCAGGUGGAGGCGGAUUGACACCAGGAUGUUCUUCGACAACCCACUACUGUUUCCCGAGAUACGGUAUGCCAACGAAGGGGCUUAUGAAUGCGUCGCCAACAGUAAGGGCUUCAAAGAAGUGAGCAGAAACACAUUCAUCAACGUCAUAGGUAGACCGGAAGUCCUGAACGUCUCUUCUACAGUUUCUGUGACGCGAGGCGAGACCGUCAGCCUUGUGUGUAUCAUACAAGCCGAUCCGAUUCCUGACGACGUCUCAUGGUUAUGGAGAGGGCGCAGCGGUGAGAGAGACUUCAAUGAUAAAACUAAAGGCGACAUAGAUGUUAAAACCGUCUUCAGUGAUAAUGUACAGAGCGAGUUGACCAUAUCGUCUGCAACUAAGGCCCACGCAGGAACAUACAUGUGCAAGGCGGCCAACAAGUACGGCUCGGACCUGAGAGAGUUUAGAGUUACGGUUUCAGCUGUUGUUGGGGUGAUUGCCGGCUCGGCAGCAGUAGGGAUGCUUCUUGCCAUUGCUGCAAUCAUCACUCUGAGUAUCAGGAGGGGGUGGAUACGACGUGAUAGGAAGGAAAAAAAAUCUGCAAAAUCAGAGUCUCUGGCUUACUGCAUAACAAGAGGUUCCGCGAAUAAAAAAAAGAAAAACGGAUCGCCGACUAAGAGGUCUGCGAUAGAGUUGCAGCACUUUGAGAAAACAACGAUACACAGCUCCCCGUCUAGACGGGAUAGGAACACAUAUCCGAUUGACCUUCUACAUUCAAGUGAUGUGGAACGGAAAAUCGACUAUUCCAGCAACGAGAAGGACCAAUUUUACGAGGAAGACAUUUGUAUCCAACAAAGCCCGUGUAGAAGGGCUAGACAACCAAAAAAAGAUUUUAGUAACCGCAGAUGCUGACGACAUUGAAA